CAGAGACCGGGUGGGAUCUGGUUCUGGACCAGCACCUGGAGCAGACUGGGCCCAGGUAAGGAGGACUGCAGGGUCUGACCUCGCCCCCCCCUCAGAUGGCGGCUCGGCUGCCCCCAGACCAGGCGGCCAUCUUCCUGUCUCUGCUGACCCUGGAGGGGCGGAGCUUCAGCCCUGAUGACAUCAUGGAGGCAGUCCAGCUCAGCACAGAUUUCCCAUCAGCCCUCAGGUUCCUGACUCACUGCUGCCCCCUCUGCCAGGACCAGGUGUCCUUCAGUAAGAUCAUCACGAUGACUCACUGCUCCUGCUUCCUGUGUCAGACGUGUUUUAAGAUGUUUUUCUCUGCGGCCAUUAAAGAGAAGAGCGUGGAUCAGCUGGUCUGCCCUCAGUGCGGCCGGCCAGAGGUCAGAGGUCAGGGAGGGAUGGAGGAGUCCAUGGACUACUUCAACCUGCUGGACACACAGAUCCGUCACUUCCUGCCUCCUCAGAUCCACGAGCUGUUUCAGAGGAAACUCAGAGACCGAGCUCUGCAGGAGAUGCCGAACUUCCGCUGGUGUGCUCAUUGUUCGUUUGGGAUGCUUCAUGAAGCUGACAGACUGAGGAUGGACUGUCCCAGCUGUAAGAAGAGUACCUGCUCUCAGUGCAGAUCACCUUGGUCCCCUCAGCAUCAGGGACUCUCCUGUCAGCAGUUCAGAGUCUGGCAGCAGCAGAACCAGCCGGACCACCACAGCACCCUGCUGAGCUACAACAGCAUCGAGUGUCCAAACUGCCAGUUUGUCUUCAGCCUGUCUAAAGGAGGCUGCCUUCACUUCACCUGCAGUCAGUGUCAGCAUCAGUUCUGUGGAGGCUGCAGUCAACCCUUCACUCUGGGCUCUGCCUGCAGGUUCUCUGUCGACUGUGGAACCAAAGGUCUGCACGCACACCACCCCCGAGACUGCCUGUACCACCUUAGAGACUGGAGCGUGCCCCGCCUACACCAGCUGUUACAGUAUUACAGAGUGUCUCCUUCCUGGUUGCAACCAGCCGGUGGUGGGUCACCUGACACCAGUCUGACAGGAGUGUGUUUGGUGGAGCUGAGAGACGACGGCAGCAGGAGAGAGGAGCCCUGCGGACGGCCGGCCACACCUGAGUACAGAGGAUAUUGCCAGUUGCACUAUAAGGAGCGUUUGGUGGAGCUGAUUAACCGUUGCCGCGCUGACCCGGUGGUCCUCUUCAGCCCAGGGGAGAUGGUGGCAGAGCUGCAGCGAUGGCAUGUUGCCGUGCCGACCAGGAAACCCGAGGAACCGGAGCCACUGUACACCCACCGCCUCCGCCUGACUCUGACCAAUAGCAUUCCUCUCCGGAAGCAGCGACACUCUCCGCUCAAACUGCAUGAUGACCUUUGCCCUCUGACCUCUGCUGUGGCUGCUGGAGCUCCACCCCCUCAUCUGCUGCUGAGCGACUGAGUGACUCCACCCCCUCCUAGCACGCCAGCCAAUCAAGAGGCAGUACUCUCUGUCACCAUAGCAACCACAAACUAAUCUGAAUGGAGGAUAGACUUCCACCUGCAGUGACAUCACUGAACAGGGCGUGGCCAGUGAACUGAUAAAGACUGAUCACCUCACCUGUCUUAAUCAUGGUGACGUCGUCCUGCAGGUGGCUUGUGAUUGGUCAUUUAUUUUUCAUGGAAAUACAGUCAGAGAAACAAAGACUCAGAGUUCAGGAUGUUCACUUUAACAAGCUGAAGGUUAACAAGGACUUUGAGACAUGCUGCUAACGAGCUAACAAUGCUAACAAGCCUCUUUUCAGUGUCUCACGAUCCCCUUCCGUUUGUCAGUCUGAGCACCUGUUAGCAUGUGGUAGCAUCUGUUGGCAGUGUUAGCAUGUGUUAGCACCUGUGGGCAGUGUUAGCAGUGUUAGUAUGUGUUAGCACCUGUGGGCAGUGUUAGCAGUGUUAGCAUGUGUUAGCACCUGUGGGCAGUGUUAGCAUGUGUUAGCACCUGUGGGCAGUGUUAGCAUGUGUUAGCACCUGUGAGCAGUGUUAGCAUGUGUUAGCACCUGUGAGCAGUGUUAGCAUGUGUUAGCACCUGUGAGCAGUGUUAGCAUGUGUUAGCACCUGUGGGCAGUGUUAGCAUGUGUUAGCACCUGUGAGCAGUGUUAGCAUGUGUUAGCACCUGUGGGCAGUGUUAGCAUGUGUUAGCACCUGUGGGCAGUGUUAGCAUGUGUUAGCACCUGUGGGCAGUGUUAAUGAGAAGCUGAACAGUAUUUGUUGUGAAGUGUCCAAUCUUCAACCCUCUGCUUUAUUACUUUCUGCACUUUAACCUUUGAAUAGAAAUCUUAAAUAAUAUCUUAAUACACUUCCACUUCCUCUGUUUCCAUGACAACCUGCUGUUGUCAGUUGUUAACAAAUAAGUAAGCUCAUGUUUUGUUUGUAGAUAAGAUUAAACGUUUUUCUCCCAGUUAGGAAAUCUGACAAUAAACACCAGUCGUGUCUGUUGCUUCAUGA